UGGAGCAAGUUUGCAACAACUCCUCCCCCCACUGUAUAAUUAUGGUGUACAGGCACCUAACUUCCCAUAAUAUAACUACCCCAUUCACUUGUUUCAUUUUCUAUAUCCUUCAAUCUCCGGUCUCUAUAUAUAACACACUCUCAUCAGGGCUGUUCAUCACAAGCUCCUACUUUAAAAUUAACGGCAUCCAUCAAUACCUCUAAGGACAAAAUGAAGAGCACUGGUGAAGCAACAGCUAUCAACAUUGGGGAGACCAAGUCUGCUUCUGCUACUACCGUGGCCACCACAAAAGCUAUCAAACAUCCAAAAGCAGGAUUGAAGAGAGGUCUUGCCAUUUUCGACUUCAUUCUCCGGCUCUUUGCCAUUGGGGCUGCUUUGGCUGCCACUACCACUAUGGGCACUACUGACCAGACUCUCCCUUUCUUUACUCAGUUCUUCCAGUUCCAAGCUAGCUACGAUGAUCUUCCCGCUUUCUCGUUUUUCGUGAUUGCAAAUGCUAUAGCUAGUGGAUACCUAUUCCUGUCCUUGCCCUUUUCCAUAGUCUGCAUCGUUCGGCCGCAUGCCAUGGGAGCAAGGCUCCUCCUAGUCAUCUGUGACACUGUCAUGGUUGCUCUCACCGUAGCUGCUGCUGCCGCUGCUGCUGCCAUAGUCUACUUAGCUCAUAACGGGAAUUCAAACGCCAACUGGGUGGCCAUUUGUCAGCAAUUCGAUGACUUCUGCCAGAGUGUCAGUGGGGCCGUUGUGGCUUCCUUCAUUGCAGCAGUCCUCUUCAUGCUGAUGAUUGUCCUCUCAGCUUUCUCUCUUCGAAAGCAUUGAGAUUAUUUGACAAUGGACUAUUUUCUCAGAGCUGAAUCUGAUAUAUUACCAACCUAUAUAUAGUCUUUUAAUUUACACGUAAACUUCCCAUUAAACUUGUGAGUUUGGGUUGGGGGAUGUUGGUGAAUUGCAGUGUUGAAGCCAAUGUUAUGUUUAAGUUGGUUUGAUGUAUCUGGUGAAUGUAAUGAAUUUAAGUGGUUUAUCUGUUUCCCAGCAUUGGGUCUU